AUGGCUGCUAUUCGUCCCUCCAAAUACUGGUCACCACUGCUAUCAAUACCGUUACUUUUGCACCAUAUGCCACCUUUCUGGGAAAACAUUAUAUCCGAAGUGGCUCGAGGAAACAUUCCGGUCAAUGGCUCUAUCAGAAAAAGACGCGCUAUUAAUAGAGGAAAACGUCGUGAAGAACGCAGACGCCUUCGUGAAGAACGCAAACGUCUACGUGAAGAACGCAAACGUCUACGUGAAGGACGCGGUUGCCGCCGUAAAAACGGAGGAAAAGGAUGCUCUAAUGAAGGCAGAGGGAACAGAAAAUAUAGAAAAGCUGCGCAAAUGAGGGAAAUGUCUUACGACUGCGGGAAUGAGAUGACUGCCUAUACCAUAGCGACAGAGUGCGGCAGGAACACCAAACAUAUUUCUCGUCACGGAACUAGUGAGAACACCUACAGAAAAUACAAUGUUAAGAUUUUUGACGCCGAAGGGAUAAUUGUUGAGGCCAUCAACUCGUGGUUCCAUGAGAUUGAUACUGGUUACAUGGAACACGGUGAGGGACAGAGAAACCUCUACCAUUCCUAUCUCAACAUACCGAAUUUCGCAAAGAUUGUCUGGGGAACCCAUGAGAAAGUCGGCUGUGCUGUUGUUAAGUGCAGUAACUACGUGAAAGUUGUGUGUCUAUAUGGACCCAACUCGUCGUUUGGAGAAGGAAAUCAGAUCUAUCGGCUAAGACGAAGGCGCCCCACUCCGCCACCCACACCACCGCCCACUGUUCGGAUAUCUCCACCAACGCAGCCAACUCCGCCACCCACACCACCGCCCACUGUUCGAACACCCAAACCACCGCCACCGCCACCCCCACCUCCGCCCCCGACUCCUUCACCAAAACCGCACCCUUGUGGUCCCCACAAACGACCACACCAUGGUCGUCCACACAAACCAUGGGGCCCUUGUUCUUCAAACAGACGACCUCAUCCUGGUCCUCCACAGAGACAACCGAGCCCUUGCAUUGAUUGUCAUCGAUUACGUAAACAAAUUAUUAUACCCAAAACUUGA